GCUGACCGUGACCAGAGCAGCAGUUGAGUGAAGGAUCAGCACUAACUAGCAGAUUUCACUGUGGAGACAGACAAAGAGAUGAUAUAUUAAUGUUUUGAAGCUUUGAAGGAUUAUCCGUAUUUACUGUUACAGCAUACAGUUUCACACUGGAAGAAAAACCUUGUGUGAGGAGAAGACUGUUCAAAUCUAUGGAAGAGAGUGCCAAACACUUUGAACAGGGGCUGUAGAUGUCUUAUGUUUAUGCUUUGUGGUUUUGAACAUUAGUGGGUUUUGAGCACAAGAGACUCGUUGUAUUAUACUAUCCCAAACACUGAGAAAAACUCUUUAAGAUGAAGGGAGCAAUGGCAGCACUUCAACUCUGUUUGUGGAUCUUGGCUGUAAAGGUGGCGUUUGGUAAGGUCUGUACCAGCGAGCAGUUUACGAAAACAGGCGAAUGUUGCAGCAUGUGUGCUGCGGGCACUGGUUUGGUGAGCAGCUGUGGUCAGGAAGACACCAAGUGUCAGCCGUGUCAAGACGGUGUGUCAUUCUCAGACUCUGAGAGUCUGUCAGCCUGUCGUCUGUGCACCCACUGCCCCGCCGGCAUUCCCGAACUGGCACGCUGCACGCCCACUCAGGACACCCAGUGUGAGUGCGGUGAGAGUUUCUUCCUGUGGCGACAUGGUAACAGCACAAGUGGGCUGUGCGCGGCCUGCUCCAUGUGUGAGCAUGGAAGCGGAGUGGUUCGGGCCUGUGGGCCGCUGGGAAAUACUAUAUGUGAGCGGUGUAAACCAGGAACUUACUCAAAGGAGCGGAGUUACAGGAAACCCUGUGUGCCCUGCUCACGCUGUACUGAUGACGAGGUGGAGAUCAGACCCUGCCAGCCGUACUCUGACACCGUCUGUAUGGUAAAAGACCUUAAUAUCCUGUCCCGUCCAUCUGGUUCUGAUGGUCCGCUUGAGUACCCCCGAAAGCCGACUCUGAAUGAGGAAACGGAGAACAGGAGCAGCCCAGCACCAGGGUCUGGAUCCCCUCGACUCACUCCACAGGACCAAGGGGGCAACAACAACAACAACAUCUUGGUCUACGUGUCUGUACUGGCUGCGGUGGUGCUCGGCCUCCUACUCUACGUCGCCUACAAAUGCUGGAAGUCAUGUCAGCAGAAGCAGGCUCUGGUGAAGGCACGGGCUGACGAGUUGAAUAAUGUCAGGGAAGGAGAGAAAUUACACAGCGACAGUGGCGUGUUUCUGGACUCUCACAGCCUUCAGGAAAGCCAGCCUAGCAAAGGCAGUAAACGAGACAGCAAACAGGACACGCGACUUUAUGUGAACCUGCCUCCUCACAGGCAGGAGGAGGUAGAGGGGCUUCUCGCCGAGGGGGGCAGUCGGAGCUGGAGACCGCUGGCGGCCACACUCGGUUACGAACAGGACCGCGUGGAUGACUUCGGACGGGGCCAAGACCCCAUCCACACUCUCUUAACUGACUGGGCCCAGCAGGAAGGCUCCACGUUGGGCCUGCUCUGCUCUGCUCUCGCACGCAUUGAGCGGCCAGACAUCAUCAGUGCCCUCACCGCCCCGUCUCAAGGAGUGUCAGUGGUCUGAAUACUUGAAUAUGUUCCUCACGCCUUCAUGAAAGUGAAAGAGACACUACAAUCACAGAUGAAUUGCGUCAACCGACUCCUUUUCGAAUGCCUUGCUUGCACUAAGACUUUGAAGAGCAGGAUUGGAAAUAAUAAGGUUUUUAUUCAACAUAAUGUUUCCCUUAUGAAUUUUGUUUCAACAGCUUGAGAUGUUCUGCCACCUCAGAACAUUUUCUUCUCAAGACAGAUGUUUCCUCCAGUAUUCAUGGGAUGUUAAUGCUUUAUACGGUCCUCUUUGUAGAGUUUUCUCCGAGACACAUUCAUGCUCAGUGUUUUGGGUGGUUGUGGUUUCAUCAAAGAAACAGACAAUUCGUGAACAUUUCUGCAGAACGUAUCGUAGCGUCAGAGAAAGCAUCAUGCAUGUGAUUCAGUAGUGCUUUUGUAUUUAUAUUUCAGCGCUUCUGCCGUUUGAACAAUACUCAACACCGAAGCUGGACGAAGUGUUCAGCUUUUAUCCCGUGGCUUGUCAAGGCCAUCGUAACACUGUGAGGUGUUUUAUGGUUUCCAGAGAAGAAAACCACUAAAUGGGCUGCACGAGGGAGUUGUAUAUUUGGAAAUAUACAGAUGCACGGUCAAGUUGCCUGAGCGAAUGAUUCUCCGUGUUUCAUUCACACUAGUGCUUGGUUUGCACUUUAACCAACAAUGCAACCUAAAAGCAAUGUUAUGUUUUUUGUGAGUUAUGUGAGAGGAAAACUCUCUGGUGCCUUUACUUUGGACGCUCAGGUUUGUGCUUCGCUGGUUUACUCUACCCAUGUAUGUAUUUUAAGGUCAUUCUGUAUGUUAGUGCUGAGUGCUGGGUGAGACUUUUCAUAUAAACAUUCAUGAUAUGUAUCUAUCACUUAUGUUUGUUCUUUUUAAUAAAGAAAUAUUGAUGUUUA